AUGGCCCCCAGCACCGUGGCCGUGGAGCUGCUCAGCCCCAAGGAGAAGAACCGGCUGCGGAAGCCCGUGGUGGAGAAGAUGCGCCGCGACCGCAUCAACAGCAGCAUCGAGCAGCUGAAGCAGCUCCUCGGGCAGGAGUUCGCCCGGCGCCAGCCCAACUCCAAGCUGGAGAAGGCCGACAUCCUGGAGAUGGCCGUCAGCUACCUCAGGCACAGCAAGGCCUUCGCCGCCGCCGCGCCGGGCCCCAAGAGCCUCCAGCACGACUACAGCGAGGGCUACUCGUGGUGCCUGCAGGAGGCCGUGCAGUUCCUCACGCUGCACGCGGCCAGCGACACGCACCUCAAGCUGCUCUGCCACUUCCAGCGCCCGCCCGCCGCGGCCCCCGCGCCCGCCAAGGACGCCCCGGCCCCCGCCGCCGCCAACGCCGCCCACGCCGCCGCCGCGGUGCCCGCGCUCACCCCGGCCAAGGCCGCCAACGCCAACGCCCACGCCCGCCAGCCCGUCGGCGGCCUCUGGCGGCCCUGGUGA